UGCCUGCCGGCCCGGUAGUCCCAGCGGGCACCGCGUGGUUUCCACGACGACGCGCCGCCUCCCCAGAGAGGCCGGGUUGGUGCAGCCGCUGGAGCCGCAGGGAGCUGGCAACUGCCCGCCGCCGCAGCCUGUCGCCCGCCCGAGGCGCCUGCUGAGCUCUUCCCGGGUCCCUGUCGGGCUGGCCUCGAGCGCCGCUCCGCUGAUGACUGCAUCCAGUCUCCUGGGCUCUCCAUGUCAAUGCCAGUGAGCCCCGAAUGCCUACGUCCACCCCAGCCCUUCCCCUGAACGUGACACUGGUGCACCCAGCAGCCUACCGCGACCCUAGGAGAAUUGAGAAUUAAAUGAAAAGAUAAUCCUUUCAAAGUCCCAGAAGAUGGAUUUGUCUGUUUCUGUCUGCUGUUCAGCUAGUUGCUAUGACCCGCCAGUGGCAUUACCAUGCCCUAGUUCGAGAGCGUUAUGAAGACGUGCAGAACCCUGUUGUUUAACUAAAGGUUGCCUACUGUGUCUCUGGCUGGUACAACAAAAGUGCAUACAGAAGAGCACCUCGACAGCAUGGCCCUGGAAGACAGCCAGAGGCCUGCAGAAUGCAGAAGCCCAGGCCCCGAGGGCUUGUCAAGGCACAGCAGGGCUUCCAGGGGGAGUGUGGACUACAGCAGGUCUCAGUGCUCCUGCAGGAGCCUGAGCUCCCACUACGACUAUUCAGAAGACUUUGUCUCUGAGUGUUCAGAAGUAGCUGCCAGCAGGAAUUUUUUAGGGCAACCUAUGGCCACAGAAAAGAAAGAAGAGAAUAAAAAGUAUACUGCUUCUAAAACCGCCCAGCCCACAGUUAACAGGUGGCCUUGUUACAGAGUACCACAGUACUUGGAUUUCACUGGCUUCUUGCCUUUCAUCUCAGCUGAAGAACCCAGGUUUGAACUGCCAAUGAAAUACAAAUGCCUGUCUCAACACCCCAAGAGGACGGUCGCCAAGACUGGCCGGAAAGAAAUCUCAGUCGAAAAAAAGCACAAUUCAUCUGUUUUUAAUUCUCAAGUCAAUAUGAUUGGCCAGAGAAGAGAUGCCAUUGCCCAUCGAAUACUCUCAGCCAGGCUUCACAAGAUUAAAGAGCUAAAAAAUGAAUUAGCUGAUAUGCAUCGGAAAUUGGAAGCCAUCAUUAUAGAAAAUCAUUUUUUGAAACAACUUCAGCUUAGGCACUUGAAAGCUAUAGGAAAAUAUGAGAAUUCACAAAACAAUCUGCCUCAACUCACAAUCAAACACCAGAAUGAAGUAAGAAAUUUAAGGCAAUUACUUAGGAAAUCCCAGGAGAAGGAAAGAGCUGUAUCCAGGAAACUCAGAGAAACGGAUGGCGAGUUAUUAAAGACCAGAGAUACCUUGCAGGCUCUACAGAAACUUUCCGAAGACAAAAAUCUUGCAGAAAGGGAAGAACUGACUCAAAGAUUAUCUGCUCUUACGACAAAAAUGGAGGCAAAUGACAAAAAAAUACAGAGCUUGGAAAAACAGCUGAGGUUGAACAAUCGAACCUUCAAUCGGCAGCUGGCUAUCGAAAAUCGGAAGACUUUAGCCGCUUUUGCAGCCACAAAGACUCUGCAGAUGGAAGUCAAGCGCCUGCAGCAAAAACUCAAGAACUCACAGCUGAGUUUGCCCUUAGUCCGGAGGAAACUCUGGACUUGAAUUUUGGGGCAAUCUUGGAACAGUUUGGGGAUCUUGGAAUGGACUAAACAUAUUUUGCAUUGUAAGAAGGUCACGAGCUUUUGGAGGUAAAAUGUGAUGGCUUGGAUUUGAGGUGUCCCCCAAAAGCUUUUAUGUGAAACAACGCAAGGUUUAGAGGAGACGUGAUUAGGUUAUGAGAGCCCAAACCCAAUUCUCCUGCAUUAAUCCUCUGCUGGAUUAACUGAGGGGUAAUUGAAGGCGUGUUGGGUGUGACUGGAGGAGGUGGGCACUGGGGUGGGUGUAUAUUUUGUAUCUGGUAAGUGGAGACUUUCUGAUCAUCACAUAAGCCACUCCCUCCACCACACUCUUCUGCUACAAUGUUCCCUCAAGUCCCAAGGAAUAGAGCCUGCUAUCUGUGGACUAGGACCUCUAAAGACAUGGUCCCCAAAAUAAACUUUUCCUCCUCUAAAAUUGUUCUUGUUGGGUCUUUUAGUCAAAGAAGCAAAAAAUGCUGACUAAAACAGCAACCACUUUAGAAAGGGGAGGCAAUACAGAUUUCCCAUAUAUUUGCUUAUAUUUUAAGGAGAAAAAGAAUGGGAUAGAAGAAACAGACAUAGAAUCUAGAUUUCUUGAAUAUAUUUUUGGUAAAUUUGACUUUACAACUAUACUAAUAUUUUGCAAAAUUAUAAAGCAGAACUAAAUGUUAAAAAAAAAUCUAAAAACCUAUCCCCCAAAUCCAAAGUAAGAUGAAAAAAUAAAAUUAACUCAAAUUUAUAUUCCUUUGAUGGCAUAAUGUCAUGGAGAAAAACAAUUCCAAGUGAUUUCAUUUAUUGUAUGUAUACUGUAUCACAUACAUACAUGAAUUGUAUUAUAUUACAAUCAAACAUUAUAUUAUAUAUUGUAUGUGAUUUAUUGCAUGCAAUUAAAUACACUGAGAUGCACUGUAAGGUCAAAAAAAAUCACUGUUUUUAGUAGUGAUAGUGUUGAUAUUGUUAUUUUGAGAAUGUAGUAUUAAUCCCUAUGGAGCAUGAUGAAUUAUGUUGGUAUCAUUGAGAACUAGGAUUUGGGGAUGUAAGAAAGAAAACACAAAGCAAGAAAAGGUAAACUAAAUUAACUAAGGUUAACUAUUUUUGACCUUUCCUAUAUUGAACUCUUCCUCUCUCUCUCACCUGACAAAGUUCCAAAAUUCUAAUCAGAGCCAGAUCCCAUCCACAAGAACUUCCCAUUUAGAACUCUGUAUAGGCCCCACCCUGGAAGUACACCAAUCUAGUCUGUCCAGACAAAACUCCAAUGAACAGCCAUGGCCCUUCCAUCCUGCUUUGCACUGGUGAGAAGGGAAGCUGAGAGCCAUCCCAACCAGCUUCGAACCCAGACACUCCACUGGCAGCUUGGCAAGUGACACAAGAGGAGGAAAGGUUUGCCAAUCCCAGCUCUUGCUCUAAGGGGUACACAGCCUAAGAAGAGACUCUGGCAUAGACUUUGAAUACCCACCACUGUCCAUGCUUUCAGCUACCUCAGUGGAGACAACACUUUUUUUUUAAUAAUUUUUAUUGUAGAUGGACACAAUACCUUUAUUUUAUUUUAUCUUAUUU